AUGGAAAAUGGCCAAAAUCCGAACGAGCGGAUACCCUUCAAGGAUCAGACGUGGAAAGGCACAAAAUCUCGAACCAGAGAUGCGACUCUGUCCAGAUAUACCGGAGUAGAUGUCACAUCGUUGAAUCUGAUCACUAAGGUGGCUGAAUCUCACUCUGGCGAACUUUGGCGCGGUAAGUGGCAAGGUAACGACAUAGUGGCCCGUAUCUUGGCCGUGCCAGAAGUAACACCGCGAAUCUCUCGUGAUUUCCAGACAGAGUUCCCUGCGCUCAGGAUCUUCGCUCAUGCCAACAUCUGCCCAGUAUUGGCAGCCGCCAACCAGCCUCCAAAUCUUGUUGUCAUCAGUCAGUUCAUGCCGUUCGGAAAGUCUAUUAUGAUGUGCUGCAUGAGCAAAGCUGUAAGCGAUUACCAUACUGUUGUCAUUGACCACAGUCAAGCUGUUCGCUUCGCCGUGGACAUUGCUCGAGGAAUGUCGUACCUGCACAGUCUCGAUCCUCCUAUCUUGAGAUAUUACUUGUCAUCAAAGCACGUCGUCGUGGAUGAAGAGCUCACUGCUAAAUUGUCGAUGGCGGACACGAAAUUCUCCUUCCAAGAAGUGGGACGUGUGUAUUCACCAGCUUGGAUGAGCCCUGAGGCUCUUCAACGGGACCCUGAAGAUUUGAAUAUCCGAGCUGCUGACAUGUGGAGUUUCGGUAUUCUUCUGUGGGAGCUCAACACCCGAGAAGUGCCUUUUGCUGAUCUUUCCCCCAUGGAAUGCGGUAUGAAGAUUGACUCUCGCAAUGGUUUUGGCGAAGUAACAAAUUCCUCGCGGGUAAUCGCGAGGGAAAAGUAUGGGCCGAUUGAUGAAUAUCUGCUUGAACGAGGAUCCCGGUCGACGACCGAAUUUCGAUCAAAUAAUCCCGAUUCUGGAAAAAAUGUCAUAACAAGAAAAAACAGAGAGAAAUAUUGUAAAUAUACGUAA